GAGUGAUGCUCAAUCCUUGCUUGAGCGAUGAUGAGCAGUCGGCAGUGCAGGAGCUCGUGCAGAAGCUCUUGCCGUACGCUGAUCUCGAUAACAAGCAGCGUGCGCUCCUUCGUCCCACAGCAUAUCGCGUCAGGUGCAUCUCAAAAGGCAAGCAAAAAGAGCAUCGACUGAGUAGCUGGAAAGUCGCCGAGCAUGCCUACCGAAGCGAGAAGCUCGAUAUCCCUACAAAAGCGAGAGGGUUGUUCACUGAACAGAUUGAGUCCGACGAGCCUGGGAGGCCUCGUGCGAGUACAUCGCAGCAUCGCAUCGUCCUGAGAGGCUACGACAAGUUCUUCAACGUCGGCGAGCUUCCUUCGACAAAGUGGGAUAAUCUUCCCGAAUAUGCCGGAGCACCAUUCUACCUGACGCUCAAAUCGAACGGCUGUAUCAUCUUCAUCUCUGCGCUCGACCAAGACAGUCUGAUCGUCAGCUCAAAGCAUGCCAUCGAUGACAGCGAUGCCAAAGUCGAGAAGAGCCAUGCGCGCGCAGGCGAUCGCUGGCUCGACAAAACACUCGCCAAGGUUGGCAAGACGCGUCCAGAACUCGCCAGCCGACUGUGGUCCAGCAAUUUGACGGCAAUUGCGGAAUUGUGUGAUGACGACUUUGAAGAGCAUGUCUUACCGUACCCGCCAGACAAGACGGGACUGCAUCUCCAUGGCCUCAAUCACAACCUUGCCCAUCUGCGUACCCUGCCUCCAGAAGCAGUGCGAGACUUUGCAACCGAGUGGGGCUUCAUCCCCACGCCUUUCAUCGUUCUACAGUCGCUGUCAGAAGUCAAAGCCUUUACAGACAAGGCAGCCGAGACCGGUCGCUGGGAAGGGGAGCUGGUCGAAGGUUUCGUUAUUCGCGGUCAGGCUCUGAAGCCGGUCGAGCUACCCGAAUCUCAUCGCGAGCUCGUGACGUUCAUGUGGAAGGUCAAAUUCGACCAUCCCUAUCUCAUGUGGCGAGAUUGGCGAGAAAAGACCCGGCAGAUUAUCAAAAAGCGCGAAGUGUUGUUGUUAGAUUCGGGCAAAUCGCCGGAGCAGAUCAAGCAAGACUCGCGCGGUGUCAUCAACAUUGCGAAGAUCAAAGAGCCAGAGACUCGCCUCUACGUUCACUGGACACUGGAUAUGCUAGACGACCAUCCAGACUGGUUCAAGCACUAUGCAGAGGGACGUGGCAUUAUAGCUGUGCGACAGCGUUUUCUCGACUGGCGAGCUUCUGCGGACGGAAGAAAAGCACAAGAGCCUACCACAGCAAAAGGGAAUGCUCACAAGACAGCGAGCGGAGAUGCGCUCGUCAAGACCAUCAUUGCCCCAAUCGCUGUGCAAGGAAGCGGCAAGACAUCUCUCGGCGUAGCGCUCUCAGAACUGUACGGCUGGGCGCAUGUGCAGAGCGACAAUGCGCCAGGCAAAAAGUCGGCCUCGUAUUAUCAGACUUCGAUUGCGGACGCCCUCAGGACGAAUGAUGUCGUGUACGCUGAUCGCAACAAUCACCUGAAGCAGCAUCGAGAGGAGAUCGUUUCCGUUGCGCGACGGCUAGAGACACACUUCCAUGUCAACAUCAUCACGGUGCUCUGGAAUAUCGAGCAAUUACCGCGUAACGAAGUCUAUCGACUCUGUGCUGACCGCAUCGUAGAAAGAGGCGAUCGUCAUCAGACGCUUCGAGCGCAAGAGGAUAGUGCGCACGAGCAUAUUCUCUGGCGCAUGAUGGCUUCCUACGAGCCGUUCGAUCCUGUGCUCAACCCUGCUGAUGGACCUGGCGAAGUCAUCAACAUUGACUUGCGGAAUGACCUGUCCGAUAUGCUCGACCAUGCCAUAGGUUCACUCCAGCCCCUGCUGCAGCUGGAACGGCCAUCUCCUGAACGAGUUGAGCAUGCGUUGAAAUCAGCGAGAUCGUACCGGCCCGAACUACGCAAAGAGAUGAAUGUCACUGGACUAGCCGCGACAGCUUACUACGGACUGCUCUGCGAGGUCGAUCUCAAAGCUUUUCUGGAAGCAACGCCUGGCGUGGACCAAGCCAUGGUGGCUGCGAUUGUCGCAGGUACAGGUAUCACGAUCAAACCGCAUGUCACGAUUGUACAUCGUCGCGAGAUCGACAAAGCAAGACCGGACCAGGAGGAGAAGCAGCGUCUCUGGAAUGUGUGCAAGUCGCUCGCUAGCUCUGGAGAUCCCACGCAGAACGCAUUCACGAUAACGCUUGGUCCGCGUGUGAUCUGGGAUGAGCGCGUCAUGGUCAUUCAGGUAGAACAUGUGCAGCCGCUCGACAAGCUCGGUCUGACGUCUUUCAAGACAUCGCACAUCACUGUCGGCCAGAUCUCCCGAGAGAUCGCCCCGGACGAAGGUCGACAGCUUGCUGCUGCCUCGCUUGCCAAGCAGCAAACGACCGUGCAGGGAGGACAGAUCAACAGUGUUGCCAUUACGGCGCACGAUGUUCGGGCAAGCCUGAGAGCACUCUCGAUCAACGUCAAGGCUAAGUAGGCAAGGCCACAACAACAAUGCAUGGCUAGUCUACAAGAGUGCUGGCAUUAGCAAUGAUUGAGAGCUCCGCCGCACUGUGAUGCAGCGAGUAAAUAGAUGAGCAGCACCACGACAAAAGCCGUGAGAGCCAUGAGCUUGGUGUUCUUCCACCACAUCUUUCGUCGCAAAGCCUGUGAUCGCUUUCUGAAGGCACGAGCUUGGGUGGACAUUGCGUCUGUCUUGUCGACGAGCAGUUCUAUGCGCUCGCCCCGACUGAGGAUCUGCUCCACGUUCUGGACCAUUAUCUUCUUCACGUCUGCAAUAUCGGCCUGUGCCUGCUUGUAAGGGUCAUUGGCCUCCCCGUCGGCGUACUGCUGCAUGAGCUUCUCGAUCGAGCUCGACCAGUUGUGCAUGCCAUGUGAGGCUGCACUUUCGAUCUCCUC